AUUUUAAAUUAACAUCAUGAGACUUGUUAUUCAUGACAACUACACACAUGUGAGUGAAUGGGCAGCAAAGUAUGUACGAAAUAGAAUUAAGAAUUUUAAUCCUGGACCAGGAAAGUAUUUUGUGCUAGGGCUUCCUACAGGUUCAACACCACUUGGAAUGUAUAAAAAGUUGAUUGAAUUCUACAAAGCCGGUAACCUCUCUUUCAAGUACGUAAAGACAUUUAACAUGGACGAAUAUGUUGGUCUUCCCCGUGAUCAUCCAGAAAGCUAUCACUUUUUUAUGUGGUCAAACUUCUUUAAGCAUAUUGACAUUGAUCCAGAGAAUGUUAAUUUACUAGAUGGUAAUGUAGAAGAUCUAGAGAAGGAGUGUGAAGAUUAUGAGAAAAAGAUUGAGGAUUCUGGCGGAAUACAUUUAUUUGUUGGAGGGAUUGGACCUGAUGGCCAUAUUGCUUUUAACGAACCGGGAUCCUCCUUAAUUUCACGAACACGUUUGAAAACACUUGCUAUGGAAACAGUAAUUGCUAAUGCUCGAUUUUUUAAUGAUGAUAUAUCUAAAGUUCCUAAAAUGGCACUUACCGUUGGUGUUGCUACUGUAAUGGAUGCAAAAGAGGUGAUGAUUUUGAUCACUGGUGCAAGAAAGGCACUUGCUUUAAAUAAAGCUAUUGAAGAAGGUGUUAACCACAUGUGGACAGUGUCAGCCUUUCAACAACAUGCGCAUACAAUAUUUGUGUGUGACGAAGACGCUACAUUGGAACUGAGAGUGAAAACUGUCAAGUAUUUCAAAGGAUUGAUGGAUCUGCACAAUAAGUUAAUUGAAGAUGUUCACAUGGAUGAGUGAUAACAUUUGUGAUACUCAGAAAAAAAAAAUUGUGGAGAACAUGUGCUUUCUAAGCAAGUUUCCAUUUUAUUUUAGUUAGUUUGAUAUAUUAAUUUUGUUUCCAGGUUUUUAUGAGCCUUCCUUCCACUUUUACUAUUUGUUUUUAGAAUGUAAAAUUAGUUUGUUAAACAGAAAUCCUGGACUUCUUUAAUUCUUUUUUUGUUUUUGCUUUGUUUUGUGAUACAAGGAAUAAAAUUUGAUUUGCAAUAUUGAGUGAUAAUCACAACUUUUUUUGAUUUGAUUUUGUUUAAUAUAUAUGCGUGUGGAACAAAAUCUUUGGUAUGUUCAGUAUGAAACUAAUAUAUACCGUAUUCAUACUAAUUUUUGCGCAUACUAACUUUUGAGUAUUUGCCCCGAAAAGAUUGUUAGUGCUUAAAAUUUAGCACAAAAAUCAUGGUAAAUCUGAUUGAAGAUUAAUGUGCCUAAAUAAUUUUUUUUCUUUCACGAAAAUGAAUACACACAAAAAUUAGUACGAAUAAAGUAUAUUUUUUUUAACUAGUGCGUGGUGUAGAUUGGUGUGUGGCUUUUCUUAUUUGACAUUGAGAAUGUGAAGAAAAAAUUUGAAAAGAGUUAUGAUUUUAUAUUUUAGCUAUUUAUAUUUUUAUUACUGUUAUUAGUUUCUUGCAAAAAAUAUCAGUUUUUGUCAGCUUAUUUUAUUUGAAACUAAAAAAAGUUUUUUAAUA